AACUGUGCAAUUCAAUCCGACGGAAUAAGCCAGGUGCGCGUGCUCGAGCCCGCAGGAAUGUAGACGGUACCGAUUACGGUUUUGGUCUUGGGACGGUACUCUCUGUCUGUGUUAUAGGCUAAAAGAACAAAGCUUAGAUCUUCACUGGAGGAGACUGGACCCAGAUCCGGCCCCAUGAUUUUACGGUGCCUCUUGACAGACAGUGUCAGUGUUUAUACGCGCCGCUAUUGCUAACUAGGAUAUUAUGUGUUAAAGAAAGCAGCGACUCGGGUCAGUCGGGAGAGCCGUGCACCGGGAAAUUGACAAGUGCAGAGACAUUUCGGGAGGAUGACAGGAGGGAGGCGCACGGUUCUCCUCCCGAUCGUGGCGCCGCUCGUUGCCGCGGAGGGAGAGUAGAUACGCGGCCGAGGAGCCGCCGAUCGCGCCGCAGGGAGACUCGGUGGGGGUAUCAUGCGCUGUAUCCGAUGCGGAAGGUGGGUCCGAGGUCCUAGGAGGUAACAAAGUGCCAGUCAUGCCCAUCUUUGUGUUUCGUGGCUGCUUUUGGGACUCCUUAGCUAGGCUGUAGGGACAAACAGCUGCUACCAGCUAGCCUUCUGGCUGAACCAGUAUACCGACGUUUAUAUUGUGAUCAUUUCUUUUGCAAAACUGGGCUUUCAGUUCUGAUUUUUAUGUCUUUUUUUUGCAAGACGUCAAGCAUAUAGAGGUCUCGGGAGAUAUUCGCGUCGCAAAGCGUAACAAGUAAGCACAGCCACAGUAAACAGAUCGAUCAGCCGACGGGGAGGAUGCGGACACGGCGGAAGCCUGGCCCGGUUUGGCCGGGUUGCGGAGCUGGACUCGUGGUUCUGUGCCUGUGUGUGGCACCUUAUGGGGCCUCCGCUGUUGUCGGCGAAACCAAGACGGUGUACCAGAGAGAUGCAGAGUUCGACGUUACCUACACGGUGACCAGCGACAUCCAGACGAUCUACGCCUUUAAUCACACUGUGUCUCGCAACAAGACAGAGGGGGUGCGGGUGUCAGUGCAGUCGGAGCAGGUGGACAGCCCCAUCCUCUUCGUGGUCAGGCAGAAGCAAGCAGUGGUCUCCUUCCAGGUCCCUCUCGUUCUACGUGGCCUAUACCAGCGGAAGUACUCCUACACCCACGUGGGUCGGACCCUGUGCCAGCCCCCCACGCGUGCUGCCAGCGAGAUCCAGUUCUUCUUCGUUGACGUGUCCACGCUGUCAAGCCGAGGCGUGAACUACCAGCUGCGGGUCAGCCGUGUGGAGAGCUUCACGCUGCAGACGGACACGAAGUUCAGUUUUGUUGCUACUCCAUCCCAGCCUCAGUACUUUAAGUACGCGUUCCCCGAUGGAGUGGACUCUGUCAUAGUCAAGGUCAAUUCCCAGAUGACUUUCCCCUGCUCCGUGAUGUCAAUCCAGGACAUCUUGUGUCCAGUGUAUGAUUUGGACAACAACGUGGCUUUUAUCGGGAUGUACCAGACCAUGACGAAGACGGCCGCCAUUACGGUUCAGAGGAAGGACUUCCCCAGCAACAGCUUCUACGUGGUCAUCGUGGUGAAGACUGAGGACGAAGCCUGCGGGGGCCCUUUGCGUUUCUAUCCCCUGCGGCCCGAUGAGCUGAUUGAUGCUGGAAAUCGGAGUAAAACCUUGGAUGUCGUCGUCUCCCCCGCAAUCAAAUCGGAGGUCUACGUGAUGGGCAUGCUCUUCUGCCUGGGCAUCUUCCUAUCCUUCUACAUCAUCACCUUCCUGGUGGCCUGUGUGGAAAACAAGAGGAUGCACAAACGGAGGGAGGGCCUGCUGAGCACCCCGGCAGCGUCACCAGCGGAGACAGCUUCUCUGCUCGGUAAGGGUCUGACCCCCGGAUCCCCCUAUGAGUAUGGAUCUAUUGACAACAGCAGCCUACUAAGUUCGGAGCCCAUUACAGACAGCGUAGGGUCGACCGACGUCAACUAUGGAUACAUGGGACGCGAGCCCUUCAAGCGCAGAUCACUCACCACGCUCUUCCACUUAGCCGUCCGCAUUGAGCGUUCCCUGGACAGUGUGGGCCGCUGCAGGCAGGAGUCGCUCAGUUCUGUGGAGGAGGAUGAUUACGACAUUCUAGCCGACAUCGACUCCGACAAAAACAUCGUCCGCACCAAGAAGUUUCUGUGUGUGUCCGAUCUGGCUCGUAAGGACAAGAGGGUUCUGAAUAAAAAGUACCAGAUCUACUUCUGGAACAUCGCCACGAUUGCAGUCUUCUACGCUCUUCCUGUGAUCCAGCUGGUCAUCACAUAUCAGACGGUGGUGAAUGUGACCGGAAACCAAGACAUCUGCUACUACAACUUCCUCUGUGCACAUCCCCUGGGAGCUUUGAGUGCCUUCAACAACAUCCUGAGCAACCUGGGCUACAUCAUGCUGGGCCUGCUCUUCCUGCUCAUCGUGCUGCACAGGGACAUCAUGCACAACCGGGCGCUGCUGCGGCAUGAGGUGGCGGCGCUGGAGUGCGGCAUCCCCAAACACUUUGGCCUCUUCUAUGCUAUGGGCACGGCGCUCAUGAUGGAGGGCCUGCUGAGUGCCUGCUACCACGUCUGCCCAAACUACACCAACUUUCAGUUCGACACCUCCUUCAUGUACAUGAUCGCGGGGCUCUGCAUGCUGAAGCUCUACCAGAAGCGGCACCCCGACAUUAACGCCAGCGCCUACACCGCCUACGCCUGCCUGGCCGCCGUCAUCUUCUUCUCCGUGCUGGGGGUGGUGUUUGGAAAGGGGAACAUGGUGUUUUGGAUUGUCUUCUCUGUCAUCCACAUCAUAGCCACACUCCUGCUCAGCACCCAGCUUUACUACAUGGGCCGCUGGAGACUGGACUCUGGCAUCCUGAGGCGUAUGCUCUAUGUGGUCUACACCGAUUGCAUCCGGCAGUGUAGCGGCCCCAUGUACAUCGAUCGAAUGGUACUGUUGGUGAUGGGCAACAUUGUUAAUUGGUCUCUGGCGGCUUAUGGACUGAUCGAACGUCCCAAUGACUUUGCCUCAUACCUGCUGGCAAUCGCCAUCUGCAACCUCCUACUCUACUUCGCUUUCUAUAUCAUCAUGAAGCUCCGUAGCGGUGAGCGGAUCCAUUGCCUGGCUCUGGUGUGCAUCCUCUUCACCGCGGUGGUCUGGGGCUUUGCCCUCUUCUUCUUCUUUCAGGGACUGAGCACCUGGCAGAAAACCCCAGCUGAGUCUCGUGAGCACAACCGCGACUGUAUCCUCCUCUCCUUCUUCGAUGACCAUGACAUCUGGCACUUCCUGUCUUCUAUCGCCAUGUUUGGCUCCUUCCUGGUUCUCCUUACUUUGGAUGAUGAUUUGGAUGCUGUACAGAGGGACAAGAUUUAUGUCUUUUGAGGGACUGUGCGCCUUACUAAUCCCACACACUGGCCAUUCAUGAUGCAGCAGUGAGAGACGGGCAGUAGACAGCCUUGCUGCAUGAUUCAGGGUGUGAGGGUCCGUUCUUUCUCACAGCCAGAGGGGGGCGCUGUGCUACAAAUUCUGAGCCUCUGGAAACAGCUGCCGUGCCAAGUGAUGACUGAACAGCACUUUGGUUCCUUAUCACUGAUAUGUGUCUGUCUGUUAUCAAUGGUGAUAUCCAUGUUAAUGUUAAUGAUAUUAAUGCUAAUUCAUUAAUGUCAUAUCACAUCUGAGCUGACUUGCUCUCAUAUGUCAGGAAUUGCAGAGCUUUCGGUGUGACUUUGCACGCAUAUCAGCUCUUUGUCUGUAUGCCUGUGGCCUUCAAUGUUCUUAUCUAGUGCAAACCUGAAUCUCUUCAGCACUAUUUCUUCAAUAGGAGCUGAUCAUGGAAGUGAUUGUAUACAAGAUUUAAUGUCCAUAAGAGCUGAGAAUAUGUUUUGUACUGUAUGGGGGUGGGGGGAUAGAUUUUAAAAUUUAUGAAUUUAUAAAGAAAUGUUACUGAAUAAAGAUUUUCAAAACUA